AUCAAUUUUUGGCCACACCAAGAAGAGCCAGGAUCUUCUUGGGCAAUUAUGGUGACGCGAUGACUUUAAUUCAGAGUCUACGGUUUUUGCGGCCGGCAACACGCACACCACACGUUGCCAGGCUGGCUCAGUCCUUCCACGUCGGUCGACCAAGUGGCGCCAGUGUUCAGGAUGGGCCCGGAGGGAAGAGGCAGAAGAAGGAUAGGGUAGUCAAGGGGGCAGAGCAGCGUCAGCAGGACAUAUCAGACCAGAGUGAGGCGGUUAGGAUAUCAGAGUUCAAAAAGAUGCGCCUCCAGGCGCUGGAGGAGGUGCGCGAAAAGGGCGUGAUUAAGGAGACGCACCCGCGGCUGGUCCAUCGCAAGAAGCCCAUGUCGGUCCCCGCCUUUAGGAAGGUGUGGGAGAAGAAGGAGGAGUUGAAUGACCCCAGCAACGCCGAGGUCGUCACCCUGUAUGGCCGCGUCCAAUCCGUUCGCCUCCACGGGAACAAGCUCGUCUUCGUCACUAUUGUCAAUGAGUUCGAAAAGAUUCAGGGCAUGAUCAACUAUCGCAACCUAGGCGCCCACUCGCCUGACAUGAACAUUGAUACGUUUAAACUCUUUGCCCGGCUGAUUGAGAAGGGCGAUCACAUCUCUAUCACCGGCAAGCCUACGCGCACAAGCACCGGCGAGCUCACCCUCCAGGCCGUCGUCCUCCCGGAGCUACUCUCCCCCGCGAUGGAGCAGAUCCCCCAGACCCUGACGGACUCAGCGACCAAGGCCGCGAAACGUCACGUCGACAUGAUGGUCAACCCCGAAGUCGCCGACGUUCUGCGCAUGCGAUCCCACAUCACAAAGUACAUGCGCGACUACUUCCACGACAAGUCCUUCCUCGAGUUUCAGACGCCCAUCCUCGCCGAGAACGCAGGCGGCGCCGUCGCCCGCUCCUUCACCACCCAGGCCACCGAGUUCCCUUCCAAGGAGCUCUCCCUUCGCAUCGCCCCGGAGCUCUGGCUCAAGCGCCUCGUCGUCGGCGGCGUCCACAAGGUAUUCGAGAUCGGCCCGGCCUUCCGCAACGAGGGCAUCGACGGCACGCACAACCCCGAAUUCACAAUGUGCGAGUUCUACAGCGCCUACACCAACCUCCCCGAGCUCAUCGACCGCACCGAGGAGCUCCUCUCCGGCCUGGCGCACCAUUGCCAGGAGCUCAUCGACACAAAACUCACCUCCCUCCAACCCGUCGACCUCUCCAAGUUCGCCCGCCCCUUCCGCCAGCUCGAGUUCAUCCCGGCCCUCGAGGAGGCCCUCGGCUUCCGCUUCCCCAAGCUGACCGGCAAGGACGCCUACUCGGAGCUCGUCGCCGUGCUGGCCCUCAGCAAGAUCGAGGUGCCCGGCGGCGUCCCGCCCACCAUGCCGAAACUCCUCGACCGCCUGGCGGCCGUCUACCUCGAGCCCAAGUCCUUCGAGGGCCCCUUAUUCAUCACGCACCACCCGACCUGCAUGUCCCCGCUCGCAAAGAGCUUCGUCUGCCCCAAGACGAUGCAGCUCGUGUCGGCGCGGACGGAGCUGUUCGUCAAUGGCCGCGAGCUGGCCAACAUGUAUGAAGAGGAGAACGACCCGGCCGCACAGGCGCGCAAGCUCGCGGAGCAUCGCUUCUUUGGCACCGGCAAGGAUGCUGCGCCGCUUGAGGCGGAUGAUCCGCACCCGCUCAGGGACGCGCCGCUCGACAAGAGUUAUAUCCGGGCGCUCGAGGCCGGCUUACCGCCCACGGGAGGCUGGGGGUGUGGUGUUGAGAGGCUUGUGAUGUUGUUCUCUGGCGCCAGCCGGAUCAGCGAUUGUUUGAGCUUUGGCACGUUGAGGAACGUGGUUGGGUUAUCGACUGAGGGGCCUCAGAACCAGACGGAGGAGCCUUCUUCUAACCAGACGGAAGAAGUUGCAUCUGACCAGUCCAAGGAGUCUGCUUCUUGAGCAGCAUUUUUUUGUUUUUCUCGGUCAAAACUGUUGUUUACAUUGGCCUUGUAAUGUUAGAUGGAGUUGGGACGCAUGGGCAGCGUGUAAUAAUCUUUGUACAACAUCACAGACUCAUAGAUGUAUCACAUUGUAGAACAAGACACGGUUCGAAAUCAUACAGAGCAUCGAGCGCUUCCUUCACGCGAGAGAUCACAGAGCAUACCACGAGGACGUAAG